AUGAAUUCUAUUCAAAAUAUUCAACAGCUUCGUGAGUUCCUAACAGUUUACAAUACACUCAGUGAACGUUGCUUCAACGCUUGUGCACGUGACUACACCACAUCGACACUUACAAAGGACGAAGGAUCCUGUGUCAGUCAAUGUAUUGACAAGCAGAUGCUAGUGAACCGUCGGUUUAUGCUAGUAUUUGCAGAACAAGCUCCAAAAGCACUUUUCAAACAAGGCGAACAGUCACCAACUGAGGCAAUUAAAUCAGCGAAGCCGGAACAAACUCCAGCAUCACAAACUACUGAAACACCAACUGUCGAAGAAGACAAGUAG